AUGGACUCUAACAUGAAGGAGCUUCAAGAGGCUCUGGUUGACAUUGAAACUGAUGCAGAGCAACUUCUUCUAGCUAGGCAUGAGCUUGUGCAAAAUGACAAGAUGAGGAAUGCUAACAGGGAGGCAUUGACAGCCCUCCGGAAAAGAGCCAGGACAACCAAAAGUAGUGUUCCAUCUCCCUUUGACAUCGUAAUGAAAGAAAUGGAAGGAACCUCAGGCAAGCAGCUGGUAAAGGAGAUAUGCUCGACUUGUGGAAACCACGACCCCAAGGAACAUACCUGGCUAAUGUUUCCAGGAUCAGAUAUAUUUGCCCGUGUUCCAUUUCAUGCAACACACACUAUUCUGGAAGAAGAUCAAGAACGCCUAGACUUCGACACCAAGAAGCUGCAGAGCUUUGUGAAGGAGAAGUCGUUUCUGAUCUCUGAGAAAGGCGCCCUUGCUGAUAAGAUCAGCCCUGGGAUCGUGAAGUCCCUUGUCAGCCUCACAGAUAAACCUAAGUAG